GAUGCUGGUACCAAUUGGAUGGAAUUGGUUUUACCGGAAUCUGUGGUUUCAAUAGCAGUUGGUUUUGAUACAGAAACUAUUAUUUUGCGUUCCGGGUCCGGACAUUUGUGGAUUGCCGGUGUAGGUCCAGAAGCUGCAUGCCAGAAAAGCCCUGCAGCAGGUCGCUUCAAAAAGCAGGAAGCUGGCUCGGCGGCUGUCAAGUUAAGGAAGUUGCAGACGUCAAACAGGCGCCGAUGCGUAUCAGUGGCGAUAUCAUCGGGAUGCAUUGCUUAUGUAACCGAUAAUGGCCGAGCAUAUGUCUGCGGGCGUCAUGCAAUGCAAUGUCAUCCAGAAUCUGGCUAUAUUUAUGGCUUGGAAAAUGUUCAUUUGGUGUCGAUUGCGCUUGGAAAAACGCAUGCUGUUGCGAUAACUCGUUAUGGACAUCUUUACACUUGGGGCAUGAAUAACCUGAAUCAGUGCGGUAGAACAGAAACGGAUGAUGUCCAUCCUGAUGUUGAAUCUCGCUUUGGGAAAAACAGCGACUGUCAGUAUCCGGAGCAGCCAUCACCGAGCGAAGAAGCAGUAGAAGAAAGUUUGUAUUGUAUGCCCAAUGAACAUCUGUGGGUCAAGGAUUUUGCUUCUAUUUGCCUGAAAUGCGGCAAAUGCUCUGCACGCGGAAGUCGGUAUCAGUUUACCAGAAUUUUUAAUCCAAAUUAG